AUGACCGCUUUGCCCAGUGCAGGACACAUCAGGAAGGGGCUGCCCAGAGACUCUGACAACGGGACCUACGUGCACAGCAACAUCUCAGCCGUCCCGCCGGCCCCGCAGGCGGGCUCCCGCCUGGCCGUCGCCGCCGCGCUGGUGAGCGGAGCCGUCAUCGCGGCGCUGGCCGCCGCCUUCGCCGUCUGCUGCUGGCGGGAGCGGGCACGGAGGAGCCGCGGCCGGGGGCGAGCGGCCGGCGGGGGGCAGCGGCAGCAGCCCCGGAGGAAGGGCGGGCGACGGGAACGCGGCCCCUCGGCGGCGGAGAGCGGGAGGAGAGCCCUUGGGAGGCUGAGGCAGCACCACCGCCGCGAUUACCGCCUGUCGGCCUUCUCCAGCGCUGUGCUCCCGGGGGCACACGCAGGCUGCAGUAACCUGGCUUGCCAAAGGAGCUCAGAAAACCUGCCCCUGCAGAGCUCAGGCCCCGGAGUGCAUCUCCUGCCCCCAUGGGCAGCACAGCCCCCCGCAGCACCCCACCGCCUGCUGCUGCCUGGGGGACCUGACUGCAUCGACCUCACCCGGGGCCUGCCCCCCGGCUGCUACAGAAGCUACGAAGAACACCAGCUCUUGCACAAGUUUGGGAGGCCAGUUUGAAAAUUUAAGCUGUUGUUCACAUCACCCCUGCCCCUUUUUUUUUCUUAAAAGAUCAAUUCCUUGAAGCUCCACAGAGCUCAGGAAAGAAUUUCACAAGAGCCACUUGGUUUUCAAAUGGAGAAAAUUGGACACUCCCUGGUGAAAGGCUUUUUUGAUACCAUCCUUUUAUUGUUUCCUGUGUCCAGAAGUGCACAUUUCAAAGAAAUACCUUGGUUACCGGCUGCUUAAUUGAUCAUUUGGGUGAGAUGCAUGAAGCCGAGUUAGAACAGCCCCAGUUUAAGUCAGAGGCUAAGCACGUGCAGAAUUUCAGGUUUUAAACACAAGAGUCUGAUUUGCGGUUUGGGGCUCUUUUGAAAGCUGAAAGUGAACAGUGAGUGCCAGUUACCAGAACAAGGAAUCUAUGUCAUUAGAUAAGUGGAAGCAUUUGCAAUUCAUUGCACUUGAAUGGAGGCUGAGAUUUAAAGUUUUUCCUGUUGUUCAGAACUUGCAACAUCCUCCCAUUGCUGUAGUCAAUCUUGGACUUGCAAGAUGCAAUGACAAGUGGGUAAAGAUAACCAGUCAAGAGGAAAACAUGAAUUUAUCCUUAAUACAAAAGACCUAGCACAUUUAAAACAACUUGGGAUUUUUCAUCGCUUUUCUCCUGCAUUAGAAAUUCACGUCACAUGUAUCAGGACCAACAGCAGUGCCUGAAGAGCUAGCAUAAGUACUGUAAUUUGCAUUCAGAAGGCAACAACACCCAUAAUUCUGUCCAGGAUUUCCUGCGUGGAAACAUAGGGGCACAUCCCAGGCAACCACCCACAGAGCCUGGCCAGCAGACCUGGGCAUACAUAACAUGCCUGACACGUGCUGGGCACACCAGGCUUGAGAAACAUGGCCUCGGAAGUGCGCAGGGAUGCUCUUCAUAUCUCGGGAGUGACUACUGAAUUAGUCAAGAGGUGCUGGCAGCCCCAAAGUUGCUGGAUGCGCAGGGCAGGGAAUAAGAACAAGCACCCAGAACAUGAACCACGAGCAUCGCUACCAUCCAGUGCUCAAAGGUACAAACUCAAAGUGUACUGCUACAAAGGCUGGGAGUUUUAGGCUGCCAACUCGGUUUCCAUCAACUUUUGCAUUACAUUUAAUUAAGGCUUCUUUCCUUGAAAAGAUGCAAGGUAGCACAUUUUUGUGAUAAAUGCAAGACCUACUUAGUAGACCUCCCUGGAAACACUGUUGCUUCUCCCUGGAAAGAGGGCUAGGGACACUUUUCUAUUUGUAGUAUCUCUCCCCCUCUCCCCAUUCUACUUUUUGUGUCGUCUUUUCACACCACCACACAGCAGAAAGACUGGUCUGGGGGCUGGCUGUCAAUGGGGGGAGGCAGGAGGUGCUAAAGCUUGUAUGAUCCUUUUCAGAAGAGGAUGACACCUGAAGUGGCCGCUUACUGGUAACCAUACUGCAAGGAAGAAAAGCUUUUCAUUCCCAUAAAACAACUGAAGCUGCAGAAAGGACAGGAAAAACAAGACUUGCCCUGUGUUUCCCUUCAUCUCCUGUCCUAACUUUACCUUUUUCUCCUCUCCCUCUUUCCAACCAAGCCUAACACACAGCCCCACGAACAGACUGCGGAGACACCCUGAGUCAGUCCCCAGUAAGCAUCAGGCCUGCCCAGCGCUCCCAGCAUGGCCCCAAAGUGCUCCCCAGUGGAGGAAUUUCUGCACAGACCUCUUGCAGAAAACACGCUUGCUUGUCAGGAAACAGCAGCGACUUUGGACGCAGUGCUAAGGGUGGCUCAGCUCUCAGGAGCACCCUGGCAUGCCCAUUGGUGCCAUAUCCACAGGCUAUGCUCUAUCGCUGUUUUGCUGAAAUAUAUUUUUAUGUGCGGGGAUUCAGCACAGGAUCUGCUCUGGGAACAGUGUUUCCCAGUUUCUUCACCCUUCUUGUCGGAAGGGAGAUGAAACCAGAAAAAAAGAAGGGAAACAGAAGAACGUAAUAAGUUUUUUUAUAUCUUUCUCUUCUUUUCCUCUCCCCUAUCAUGGUUUAAGGAAAAAAUUUAAAUUCAUUACAGUUUCUCUUCUCUCCAAGAUCUUUGUGAAAAGAAAUACAGUUGGGGCACAUUCAGAGUUCACUUUUCCUUGGAUCCAAGCAAGGCUUUACAAACAAAAGUGGGAUUUUUUUUUUUUUUUUGCUACAUAGAGAUUGAUACCUGCUUUCACUGCAAACUGCAAUGACGCACAUUUUAGAUAUAAAAUCUUUUGCCAAACAUAUCCAGAAUGAUGUCGAUUCUGAAGUGUCAUAACAAAAAGUUAACAUUUUCAAUAAACUGACACAGUAGUUUUUCAUAUGGAGAAAAAUGUCAACUUGAAACAAGCAUUUGAUGUGACUGAUAUUUAAAAAAAUUAUUUACCUGACAAACCUGAAAAGUUUCUUUAGGGGUAACAUUUACCUGACUUUUUUUUUUUUUUUUUUUGAAAAGUUAAGAUUUCUACCACAAGAAAGUUGAUCCCAAGACUUGGCUCCGACAGCAGAUCCUCUAGCGGGAGGAACAGAGAGGCCUUCCUCAAAAUUCGUCUCAGACUGGCAGGGAACCAAAACCAAUGGAAGAAAGCUGGGUUGAGGGCAGGAAGCCCAACUUUACCACAAGUUCCCCUAUCAAUCUCUUCAUCUUUGCCUCGGUUCCUUCUCACCUUGCACCAGCACAGCAAAGGGCUGAGUUCAGUUUGCGAAGAGCCGUGCUCAGCUUCACCCCAGGAAGGCGACAGGAAUCACCACCUGCUUUUAUUCGCCCAGAGGAAGGUAGCUAUGUAGAAGCUUCAAGUAAUUUGUGAACUGAAAAGAAAAAAAUCCCUCCCAAGCCUGUAGUCCCACACAUUCUCACCACAAUUUGGUGGUUCUCCUUGGAGCCACCAUCUACCUAACCCUUCCUCAACAGGGCAGCACAUGCAGGCCUGCCCUUCCCACCACUUUCCCCUGCCAAGCACAAGACAAACUCCAACAUUCUCCACCCUAGGGAACGGGAUUUCCAGCUAAGAUCCUGGCCUACCUACAGGGAAGCUGAAGCUCCGAGAAGUUUAGCUGUAAUAUUUUAUGCAGUAUCCAAUGCAAUAUCUAAUCAUUUUAAUUAUAUUUAUGCAGUGUCCAAUACACAGGUGGGCCCUGGAACUAGAAGAAACCAACAGAGGAAGAAUGGAGAUGGCUGCAAGGUUGUCUCAUUGCCAAUUUCUGUCCCAAGCAAACAUGUCAAUCAGUUGCUCCCAGCUUAGUGCCCAAACAGAGAAUGCAUCCUCCUUUUUUUUUUUUUUUUUUUAAACAGGAUAUUAAGCUUGAGAUCCCGCACUGUGAAACCUCAGCCUGCAUGCUUAUUUAGAAAUAGCCAACAAGUUUGGGUCACAGCUUUAAAUUCCUCAGAUAAGCUCACUGCAUCAGCCUUCUGUAGACUGUCAGCAUUGACAGAAGAGGUUUCAGACCCUCUCUGAAGAUCUGGGCAAGGUUAAUGCUGGGACCUGUAACAAUGAAAUGUUAAAGCUAUGAAAUCCCAAGAAGCAUUCAUUGUGGUCCUGAAAAGAAUAGUGAACCUCGGCCAGACAUUGCUGAAAGGGCAAGAGAUUCGUAAAAUUUAAAAUUUUGAGGACUAGAGGGAAGAAAUAGUAAUCAGGCAAGAUUUCCCAGGAGAAAGUGCAUGCAAUGACUGUAUCCCACUUGAAAGACCUCAUCUCAUUUGUGUUCCAGGAGAUGGACUCGUGGAGCACCAGAGGUCAGGCACAUCAUCUCCCAUGGGUGGCUUAGAUUAACAAGUUUUCUAUAUUGCUUUCCUCCAGUGACAACACCUUUGUUCAGACGACUUUACCACACCUAGUAUUACUGCAUCAGCCCCACCCUGAGCCAGUCCAUUUUCAUGAGCAAAGUCAGCGACAAAUCUGUUGCUGCCAGGAUCACCAAGCUGACCUUGAGCCUCCACUGUACCGAAGUAUGGACUUCUGCAUCCCCACAAGUGGGUCUAGGUCUCUGUACUUGUAGGGCAGGAGCUUCAUUUGGACAUUUCCAUCUCAAGAGCCUUCACUUUACCACAUAAACCUAACAGCAGUAAGCCUAGGGCAAAGGCAAACCCCAGAAAGAAGGGAAGAUGAAGAUCUUGCUCAUAUACAGGGCUCUCACAUGUAGACCAAAAUGUACUUAGGUUACACCAUUUCUGACACUGUAUCCCAAAGCUAUAACAAUACAUCAUCUUUUCCCUCUUAGGAGCUUGGUUUACAGCAAAAGCCAUAAAUAGAAGAGGAUCUGAGAGCUGUCUCCCAUCGGUGGAAUGUUCUAAGGGAAAAAGAGGUGUUGGGAUUUGGGAGGAGAGGGAGGAACACCAGUCCUUACAGUUAGUACAGGCACAUUCAACAUGAAAACCUGAUAACAUAUCAGUGAAGCAGAAAGCAUUUCUAUAGCUAGACACAUAUUUGCACAGUGCUAGAAGAUGUGAAGCAGCAACUGUUGUUAACAGACGCAUUCAUGGCAAACAGCACUACACAUCAUCUCUGCUUUGUGAGCACUGAAAAUUCACGCCUGCUAGAGCUCAUUCCCCCCACGAAUUUAGCAGAACCUACGACCCCUUCAGGCAGGGCUGGUGACAGCUCCAGUGCAGUAUCCCUUGAAGCACUGUGCCACCUCUCAAUGCUCAAGACGCCUCAGUUCCGAGUAGUGAGAGUUAAGAGAGUUUUUAUUCCAGCACUAUAGCUUUCCCCAAAGGGAUUAGUCUCAGACAGUACAGUGCCCACCACUCAAUGGAUUUACAUAUGCUAGAGACCAACAACAAACCUAAGCUCCUUUACAACUUAUACCAUGCAUUCUGAGGCGAGUGACAGACAAGAACCACCAGGUAACCGGUCUAUGAUCUUUUCAAGUGUAUUUUCCUAAGCUCUCUUGCAAGGGUGAGGGAGGAAAUUGGUGCAUGCUUUCCCCCACCACCCCAGGGAAUAAUGUGCUCAAGCCAAAGAAGUCUCCACAGCAGCACGAUCAGCUCUACAGAACUACAGAUCACUGCACUGGCCCUAAAAUCCUGUAUCUUGAAUGCCUACGAUUAAACAAGCAUCUCAGA